GCAUUAUUCCACUGUUUAUAGCAAUGUGAUAAAUACAAGAGGAGUGCAAAGUGAAACUAGAUUUCAGUCAUCUCGCGUGUGGACAUUCGUCCAUUUCAGCCCACAGCCAUGACAGUAGCAGAUCUGUAGUGGAACUGUUUAUACACCCAGAAUCCAUCCUGUAAAACUUUUCCUUUUUUCAUGUACCUGUAACAUACCCUGCAAAAGCAUCAUCAUGUAAUCUGACAGAGUGACAACUGAAAGGUUACAAAAGUUAUUAGAGUACAUUUCAAUUAGAUUUGAAAAGGGAUAUCCAAACAUUAGAUUCGGUUUAAAUUUAUUUGUUACUUGAUAAUUAAAAAAAAAAAUUAAAAAAUAAUAUGCAAUCGAGAGCAGAUAAAUUGCUUAGACUGUAUUUAUCCUUAUAAUAAUAACAAUCAUCAUCAUUAUCAUCAUAAACAGUGUAACUUUCUGUAAGUAAGGAUUAUUUUUUGUUUGUUUACUUGGUUCAUGGUUUAGCUCGCUCAUGAUCAUUGUAAUUACUGACUUAUUGCACUGAAGUAACUGAGAACUGUUAAUCACGUUUUUGACUUCUUUUCUCCGUAGGAAAUGGACUGUACCAAUCCAAACAAGGGGAGGUUUGUGUUCAACACUGCACCCAAAUCCACGAAUUCCAGACUAAGUGUUUGUGCUUCUGGACGUAUUUUACAGAGACUCAAGGCCCGUGUGGCUGGAAGAAGUUCGGCAGCUUUGAAGGAUGCGACGAACAUGGCGAUGAACGGAAGGAAAGAGGAUGCGUUAUAUGAGAGUGCGGACUACUGCGAUGUCUAUAACCUCCAGCAUGUAGCUUACGGUAACAGCAGCGGGUAUUUCACUCGGAUACAAGGUUCAGAAUGUGUUCUGAAGCCUCCUCUGAACCUAAUGGGUCAGCAGCAGCCUCAGCCCUUCCAGCCCGUAUCUCCUGCCCAAACUCUUGGCCCAGCACCUGUUCUGAUGCCACCAGACCCUCUUGUUUUCCCCCUUUGCAGUCCCCUCUCUGCCAAACCUCCCCCUCACCUCCAGUUGUUCCCAAACCCUGCCAUCACAGCACCUCCAGGCUCCAGCCCCAUGCCACCUGAGAACGAGUUCCAGGCAACUGCCAGCGAUCAGGACAGUGCACUAGAGGAGCUGUGUAGACCUCUCUACUGCAAACUGUGCAACGUCACACUCAACUCACCCCAGCAGGCGCAGGCACAUUAUCAGGGAAAAAAUCACAGCAAGAAGCUAAGGAAUUUUUAUGCUGGCAGUCAACAGCCACCUCCUAUACGAAUACCUGAGGAAGUAGAGCCAGUUUCACAGCAGUCCCACUCCACUCCACCUGCAGAGACUGGCACUGCAUUGGGCAAGCCGGCGUCAUUUAUCGGCCCCAGCAGGGUCAUCCUGGCCACAGAGAAUGACUACUGCAAGCUGUGUGAUGCCUCCUUCAGCUCCCCUGCUGUAGCCCAUGCUCAUUACCAGGGCAAGAACCAUGCUAAACGGGUACGGCUUGCCGAGGCCCAGCACAACGCCAGCUCCUUGGAUGCAGCAGACCUCACACAGAGGCGUUCCAGGAAAGAAGGGAAUGAGUACAAACUGAAGACCCGCAGGACCCACAUGAACACUGCUAUGCCAGUUUCAGGGCCGUAUUACAACCCACGGCCAAGGCAGAGAAUCCCACGUGACUUGGCCAUGUGUGUGACACCAAGCGGGCAGUUCUAUUGCUCCAUGUGCAACUCGGGUGCUAGCGACGAGGCUGACUUCCGCCUGCACCUGGAGAGCAAACAGCACAAGAGCAAAGUGUCUGAGCAGCGCUACCGCAGUGAAAUGGAGAAUCUAGGCUACACCUAAGAGGCUGUCCGCGGGAAGAAGAAAACAGGAAUCGUCCAUGUAAUUCUCCAAGUGCCCAUAUUAGCUUCACUGAACCAGUCUUACAUACUUUGCAUGGAAUAUUUAAAUUCAGUGAUAUUGGAAUGAAAAGAAAGCUACCUCUUGCAGAAUUACAGGUCAUUUUUAUGUCAGAUUGUGCAGCUUUGGAUACAUUUAUGGGAGCACCCUCUUUUAUGGUACUUGAGAAACUGGUCUCUCAGAGGAAUGUUUUUUUUUUGUUCCCAUGCUGGGAUGAUGGUGAAAGAUGGCAGCUUUUGCAAAGGUUAUCAGGAUUAUAAUGACUUCUAUCAGUAUUAAAGUUCUAAUACUGGAUCAGUUUAUGAGGACUUCCAAUCCAAGUGGGCCUCUGCAGGUUCUGGUGGAGUUUCUUUUACAUUUAUGAUCCAGUCUCUUCUUUCUUUGAACUAAUGUACAUAUUGUUUAUUGUGCAGUGAAUGCCUCAAAAAGGAAAGGGAUACAUUUUAAAAAGUCAGAGGCAAACCUCCAUACUACAGCCAGCCUUGGGUUCACUGUGUUAUUACAGAAAUACGCUGAGUGUAGAGACCCAGACUGCCAUCAGAAGGUUAGUGUCACAACUGGGUUCAUGUUAGCUUCUUCAGAACCUGCUGAAUGUACUGUGACUGCGAUGACAAUAACUUUCCUUGCUGGAUUUGCACAAGUUUCUCUAGAUUUACAUAAAAUAGUAUUUACGUAUUACAUAUUUUAAGUAUUUAAGUGUUUACACCCACAAAGAGAGCAUAUUAUUGUGUUUGGUUUAUCUUGUGGAAAAAGUAGUGAAAAGAACUGUCUCAAUAUAGCAGUCAUGCACAUCAUAGUCCUCCUCAGCCCUUUCCGUGACAAGUUUCCCCUUCUCAAACUACAGCAAACCCAAAGCGUAGCUAUUUUUAAAAAGGUGCCUUUGGGUCAGUCCCUAUGCGCACCCCUACCUCACUCUUCUUAGACAGAGUGGAAAGAUUAGCCACCCUCCAAGACAUUCGGUGAAAUAUACUGACAAAUCCUAAAAAUAUUUGACCAUAUUUGUAGACAAGAAAUGUGUGUUGAAAGUUAUGCGAAUGUUUUAUUCAUUUUGUAAGGCCAUGCACAUGUCUGAGCCUGGUACAAUAUGUUGGCAGUUAGGUACCUACCGUGUACAUUCAUCGCUCAUUUUAUCAAUUUAAAUGAACAAAGUGUGUACAAGGUAAGUAAACUGACAAAUAAUCAUAUAUACAGGAAGAAAGUCAAUGUUGGAAAACUUCAAGGGAAAACUCCACCCUGAAACACACAUUAAUAUGUUUAUACUGAAAUAUUUGUGAUGGUUCUUCAACCAAUUUGUUGGUUGAUGCUGUAUUUUCUCUAUUCCUGUGAGAAGUUAGAGGUUGUCUGCCAUACUGUUGUGAAAGGGAGGCAUUCCUAGUCCAGUUAAAAUGGCGUUUAGUAGGAGUGAUCUCAAACUCAAGGGAUAAUGGCCAGGUUUAGCUGUUAGUUCCUAAAAACAAAAAAGCAGAAGCUUCUUUUCUCACUCACUAUUUUCCAGGGAUGUUCAGUGUCAUAUUAAUGAGAAAUUCAACAUAGAAGGAGUGGAGACAGCAAAAGAAUGCAAUGCAGAUGGCAAUACAGCUAUAUGAUGCAGCUGUGCUGAGUUAUGGCAAAGACUCUAAGGGCCAUCUAUGAGAUGACAGGCAUGAUGCCACUGAUGGCAGUAUUAGAUGAGAUGAUGAGAGAGCUGGACAGACUAGAAGAUUAAAGCGCUGCUGCAUCAGUCUCUUUGGGUAGAGCUGAAAGGAGGGCUAAAUCCCACUUGGCAUCACUAUCGGCAGGUAGUUGAACAGCAUUGUGGGUGAUGUAGGACACUUCAAAAAAAAAUGUUGAUGAAGAAGUUUAAACUAAAAGGUCAACUCAGAAUUUUAUUUAGAUGCCACUGUAGAUGAUGUUAAUGUUAAUUAUAAAGGUUAAUAUGCAAGUUGUUCAGGGUGGAUCUUUCCUUUAAAGGCUUAUACUUCACUGUCAUUGAAUUCUAUGGUGAGCCAUGUGCAUAAAUACUUGUUUACAUUUAAAGAGAAUUUCAGGCAUUUAAUCAAGGGCAUUGCAAUACUACAGGCUGUAAGAAUGGCUCUUAUUUAUACCACUCCAGCCAUUCCAUUCCUGUUUUUGUCAUUCCUGAAUUCAGCCAUGUUUAAACCAUUAAUAAUCUGUAUAAUUACUGUAGAAACUGGUUUUGUUUAGUGGUAAAUAUGCAUAAUAUUUUGAAAUUAUAUAAGCAUGAAAAUACUUAUGGAUGUGAAAAGUGGAAGAAUACACUGCAAGCAGGAAAAGCUGAGCCUUUUUAAAAACCAGUUCCUCAUAUGCACAAAGGUGUUGCUAGCUUGAGCCUCAGGCUUUGUUGGCUUAAAGCCAUAAACCUAUUUCUGCUUGCUGCACUAAUACCAUCAUACAAGUACAAAGGUUUUCAGGUUCAAUGUUGAAGAUGGCUCAAUUGUGAGCCUCUGAGAUGAAGCACAUUUCUGUUGGUGGUGAUCUGUUCUUUGUGCAGAUGUCAUGUGAUGUCACUUCUUUUCAGUCAUUUAUACACUCUGGUUGUUUUGUUUUCAACACAGCAAGGUUGAAUUCUCUCUCAAGUGUUAAUGAUCAUGAACUCUUAAGGCUGCAGUGUUGCUCAUAAAGACCUCAUUAAGGUGACCUGGAGAGGCUGUUUUAUAUUUUUCCACAGAGCUAUUGGCUCUAAAAUCAGGCCAUGGUAAGGGAACAUUUCACCAUUCUUCACAGACCAACUGCAAUGCACAGCAAUAAUCUCUGGUGUUGAAUGAAUGCCUUGAAUGAACAAACAAACCCUGUAGAAGUGAAUUCAACAUUGUAGGUGUUCAUUUUGCUCUGUUGGUUUAAAUAUUUAUGCUAAAUGAGGCAGAACUGCUUUCAGGCAUGCAGUGCCUCAGAUCUGAGAGAUUCUAAGCAAGCACUCUGAUGAUUGUUAGAGUUGCUGGACAGGCCAGGCGUUUCCUGUGUGGAGCAGGAAAGCAGGAAGCAGUGACCCCACAUACAAACAAGCUUUCCCCAAGGACACUGUCCACAGACCGACUCAUCUCGCUUCUCCCAGCCAAACCUAACACUAACUUCCAGAAUGGCCUCACCAGACCUUUUUCUCUGAGUCUGUGUGACAGAAGGCUUUCCCUCGUUAUUUUGUGGAGAUGCUGAUGAAUCGAAAUAAGAUAGUGCCUUCUGAAACCACACUUUCAUUUCAUGGAUGCCUCUGGGACUUUUCCAGAAAGAUGUUUUGGGUCUUGUCCAUUCAUGGUGCAAUAUGUGGCAAUAUUUGAUUCUUUUUUUUUUCCUUUAUGAAAUUAUAAUAAUAUAAAAAGUACUACAGGAUCACAAAUGUUUGGAGAAGAAAAAGGAAUAUAACCUUACUGAAGAAACUGCUGGAACAAUUAUUUUCACUGCAUUAAAAUGCAUAUAUAUAUAAGCAAAAUGUUUCAUUAAAAAAGAACUACUUUAGCACUUUGCACUCAUUUCAAGUGUGAAUUUGAAAUAAGUCAUAAUGCUAAUCCACUUGUAUUCAUCCAAGCAUUAAAAAGGCAUUUCCGGAGUUUAACCUGUGUCUACAGCUUAAUAAUGUCAUUGUGAUCUUGCUUUAAAGGCCCCACCCUUGAGAUUCCACACAGGCCAUAUUCAGUAGGCAGCAGUGUACAAGAGGAAGUCAGCUGACUGACUUGUGUGACUGUCUGUUUAUCAACGUUUGGACUGACUGAGUCCUGCAUGCUGCAGUAGAGGAAGUAAUGCUAGUCUGCCAAUCUAAUAUCUAAUCUGAACUUCUCACAGAGCAUGUUAUCCAGAUUCUGUAUUGCUAUAUGUUUUACUUCUUCAGAUUUGAUCUAAUUAGCUUCCUCUAAUAAUACUCAUACAUUUUUUAACUGUUAUUUACAUGUAACAAACAGAUUUGUGUACAGCAAAAAAUUGGCUCCUUAUCUCAAGUGGUCUUACCCGCACACACACACACACAAAAAUUAAUUCCAUUGCCAUAACUGACCCUUAUUUUCAUAAAGUCAAAUUGUACUAACAGCUUAGCUAGGGUUAGGGUUAGGGUUAGUGAUGGAAACUACCAAAAAUAUUUCCCCCUUAAAAUAUUUUCUUAUUUGUAUGUUUUUUUUUCACUCCAUCUACUAUUCUCAACCUUUUUUCAGGAGUUGAAUUGGUACACUCCCACCCUCACAAAAAUCAUACAUUUCAACAAGUCAUAUGUCCUCCAGAGUGGGUUAUAGAACAGGCUGUUUCUAGCUUUAGUAUUCAAUUGUUAGUUGGAAUGAGCAAAAUUAGUGACCUUAGUGACUUUAAACAUGGCACAAUAGUUGGCUAGGUGUGCCAAUACUAGUAUCUCCCAAAUGACACUCAUCCCGGUCUUUCAUGCUCUAAUAACUAUUUCAAGCAAAUAACUAUUAGUGAUCACCAAUCCUGUACACAAAACAGCUUGUGGAUCAGACAUGUCAAAAGAAAAUGGAAAGAACUGUGCAAGCAAACAAAGAAGUCACAAGCAGGCAAUUCAAAUCCAAAGAUCAUAUUGAGUACCAGUGCUGUCUGUGGAGAACAACAAAGACUGUCUCCAAUGGGCACUGGACCAUAAAAAAAAAGUAAAAAAAAAAUUGCCUGGUUGGACAAAUACAGGCUCCUUUUUCAUUAUACUGAUGGAGAGAUAGAAAGAGGAAUGCUUUCCUGGUAUGCAGUAGGGCUACUGAUAACUACUGAAGAAUAUCUGAACAGCAUGGCGUGAGCCUCUUGCUCACCGAGUUCAUCCACACUUAGAUGGACAUUUUUAUUCUGAUAAUGAGCCAUCGAAAAUUUCCAGGAACCUGACAGUGAAUUUUCCUUUUAUCAGAGGACCUUACUUUUGGAUCUUAACCGUAUUGACCGUCUUUGGGAUGUGUAACGGGCUACUUGCAGCAACUGUGCAAUACAAAAAACAUUCCUGCACUCUUUUAGAAUCCGCAAGUGGGUGAAUUUGUACUGUUUUGAAGUCUGAAUUAAAUUUUACUGUGUAGUUGUACGUAAUUUACUGACAAAUCAAUCUAUUUGCAUGUGAAAACUUUUUGCACACAAAUAAAUAAAAAAUUCUCAGUGUGUCUUCUCUA